AUGUAUCCAAUCAGUGGGCGUAAUAGGGGGUGGUUGGUGAUGAGGGGCCAAGAUCACGCAUUAGUGGCAUGGAAACUGCAGGCAAUAUGGAACUCAGCGGCUUCGCUCAUGAAGCGGAUCGAUAUUCCGACAGUCGCUUCGGACACCCCGGCAAUGAUAGCGGAGCGCCAACGCGACGCGUGGUCACGAGCUGGAAAGUAUGGCCUGGGUUGGGUAUACUUCUCCAUCGUCUUGCUAGCGAUCACGACAGCUAUGAGGCUCUACCAUACAUGGGGAGAUAAAAUCAGGAUUGGGUUGUACAAGGAAGAUUCGCCAUACGAUUUCAGGCUGCAGGAGGAAUACGAACUUCCCAGUGCUGCCACAGACAGCUCCAGAGCGCAAUUCUUUCCCGCCAAAGGGCCGUUGCCCUCCUCUGCUAUCGAUACACAGCAGUCGUCGAUUGCAGCGUUUGCGCCGGUAAACAACAUCGUCGCGUUUGUACGCUGGAUCUUCUAUCGACCACUUCCGGUACUACGAAUAUGGAAAUUGAGCAUUGUUCUCCCAUCGCUGGGAGCUUCUGCCGUCAUAUUCUCGGCACUGGCUUUCACCAUUCUCUAUUGCUUCAUCCCGGAGCCGCUUUAUUACUCGUCGGUCAAGAUUGGAUCACCGCCACUAGCCAUUCGCGCGGGCAUGAUGGCCGUCGCCAUGAUUCCAUGGAUUGUUGGACUUAGCACUAAAGUGAACUUGAUCAGCCUGUUGACAGGGAUCGGCCACGAGAGGCUGAAUGUGCUUCACCGCUGGACUGCCUAUCUCUGCUUGCUGCUGAGUUUGAUCCACAUGAUCCCGUUUUAUGUGAUGCCUGUUUGGGAAGAUGGUAUGCUCAUAUAUUUUCAACAAUCUUCCCCAAGGAAUAUCUAUAUCUACGGUACUGGCUUCGCUGCCUUUGCUCCUUUGGCAGUGUUGUGCCUGCACUCCCUGCCUAUAUUUCGUGCAAAGAUGUAUGAGGUGUUCGUUGCCUUGCAUACUCCAAUUGCGAUGGUUUUUAUUGCUAUGAUCUUCUGGCAUAGCAGAAAUUUCCUGAUGUCGUGGGGCUACCUCUGGGCUACAGUUGCGAUCUGGGUCCUCUCAUACGCUCUCAGACUAUGUUUCGUCAACUGGACCAAUCCUCUCAGACUGUCAUUUAUGAUUGGAGAAGAUUCCACUGUGACAUUUCUUCCCCAAAACGCCAUGAAGGUGACGGUUGCCACCCAGAUGCGAUGGAAACCUGGCCAAUACGUCUACCUCCGGAUGCCCCGAAUCUCAUUCCUACAGAGCCAUCCUUUCACCAUUGCCUCUCUAUGCAGCGAUGACUUCCCGUCCGAGUACGGCGAAGAAUACCGGGACAUGGCCCUGGUGUUCCGCCCUUUUAAAGGGUUUACUCGGGAUGUCUUCCUCAAGGCGCUCGAGUACGGACCCUACAAGACAUGGACAGCUUUCUUAGAAGGUCCUUACGGCGGAAUGCGGCGGGACAUGGCAGCCUUCGACGACGUGAUAUUCUUCGCCGGCGGCAGCGGCAUCACAGCCACAGCCAGCCAAUUGUUGGACCUGGUCAAGAAGAUGCGGGAUGGAAAAGCCGUGACGAAGUCCGUCCGGAUCGUCUGGGCCCUGAGAAACCCAGAGUCAGUGGAUUGGUUCAGAGAAGAGCUAAGAAUCUGCCGCGACUACGCUCCCCCAAAUACAGUCCACUGCCAUUUCUUCUUCACGGGAACAGGCCACCUCAACUCGGAACAGCCAGAGCAAUACCAAAUGUACCGGGACAUAGUCCAGGAAAAAAUCUACGACGCGCUGCAAGGCAUCGACAAGCGCAGCUCCGCGCUCAUCCGCGCAGAAGCCGGCCGCGACACCGCGAAGGAGAAGGAACUGCGCCGUGAAAACGAAGACGCCAUCACGUCCCUCCCGCAAGCGUACGUCGCCACCAAUAACAUCCACAAAUUCGACCCCUACCAGAACCAAUACGCAGACUCCCAGCAGAGCCUCUCCCCGCAGAGUGCUGUUGAGACUCCGUUUGAUUUCGGGUUCUCGUCGUCUCCGUUUUCUCCGCGCCCUGUUCAGCGGUUUACGGCUUUGCCGCUGCAGAGGAGGGACGGGUGGCGCGUUGACUACUUCCGUCCUGAUAUUCCGCUGCUUCUUGAUGAGUACUCGAGGACGUUUGGUCGGCGCACUUGUGUUUAUGUUUGUGGGCCGCCGAGUAUGAGAGAGGAGGUUUCUCGUACGGUGGCUCGGCAGCAGCAGCUGGUUAUGACUAGUUCGUCGAAGGAUGAGAUAUUCCUCCAUGCGGAGAAUUAUAACAUUUGA